AUGUCCGCACCUACUAUCACCAAAAUCAAUCCAACAUCCGGCCCUGUUACUGGCGGGAAUACAGCAGUCGUCAGCGGCUCCGGGUUCAUAUUCGCCACGUCUGUGAGGUUCGGCUCAACGGCUACCUCAUUCACCGUGGUCUCCAGCACAGUGAUAAACGCCGUGGUCCCGCCAGGUCCUGGCGCUGGCGGCAAUGUCUCUGUCCUCGUUACUGGACCCGGUGGUACGAGUGCCGCCGGCACUACCUACACCUAUGUAGCCGCUCCUGUCGUGAGCAGUGUGAGUCCUACCAGCGGCCCUGCAGCUGGCGGCAAUACUGUAUCCGUCAGUGGCUCUGGUUUCACGAAUGCCACGUCUGUGAAAUUCGGCUCAACUGCUGCCACCUCGUUUACCGUGGUCUCCAGCACAGUGAUAAACGCCGUGGUCCCGCCAGGUCCUGGCGCUGGCGGUAAUGUCUCUGUCCUCGUUACUGGACCCGGUGGUACGAGUGCCGCCGGCACUACCUACACCUAUACUGCCACUUCAACUCCUACCAUAACAGGGCUUAUCCCCUCGACCGGGCCGGUAUCCGGUGGGAAUACUGUCACUAUCAUGGGCUCGAACCUCAAUGGUGCCACUGCGGUUACGUUCGCUGGUACCCCAGCCAGUUCUUUCACAAUAUCAUUACCCACUCAAGUGAAUGCUGUGGCUCCACCAGGUACUGCUGGGACUGCCCUUGUAGUGGUCAGAACGCCUGCCGGUACUAGCGCAGGGUUCGAGUAUACUUAUAUCGCAGCACCUGCACCGAUGGCAGUGUUCCCUACCACAGGUGUUAUAGCUGGCGGCGAAAUAGUCACCAUCGCCGGUACUGCCCUCUCGGGUACCACCAGUGUGAAAUUUGGCACUACCCCUGCAGCUAGUUUUACAGUUGUCAGUGAUACGGAAGUCAAUGCUAUCACACCAAUGCACCUUGCUGGCACGGUUCCAAUUAAUAUUACCACCGCAGGCGGUACAGAUAGCUCGCUUAGCUUUAGCUUCCAGCCGUCACCGGUUAUUAGUUCUAUCACUCCAACUUCUGGCCCAACUGCGGGAGGAACUACGGUGACUAUUACAGGGGCAGGAUUGAUUGAUACCCUUGACGUCUACUUUGGGACAACCCUAACGACCUUUGGUAUCAGCUCGGAUAACACGGUAACUGCAACAACCCCUGCUGCUCCAGCAGGGGUUAGGGCUAUAACAGUUAAUACUGCUUCUGCCACUAGCAACGGCGCUAUAUUCCUAUAUGUCGAUGGGCCGACACUUAAUAGUGUAUCUCCUACUGCUGGAGCUAUUGCUGGUGGUAAUAAUGUGACUCUUACUGGAACGGGUUUCACGACAGCCACUAAUGUCGUUUUUGGAGCUGACCCAGCUGUGUUCAGCGUCCUCAGCGACACCUUGAUUAGUGUAGUUGCGCCUUCUGGCACUGGUGUGGUUUUAGUCACUGUUGUGAGCCCUGGAGGCACUAGUGGUACCCAGACGUAUACUUACUCUUGA